AUGGAAAGUUAGAUCGGUCCAUGGGAAGGAUGAGUUGAAUAAAAAACAAAAUUACAGAAAAAAAUUAAAAAAAAAAAAAAGAAAAAACAAGUGACAAAAUCUGUAAUCACAAAGGCUGUCUCAGCAAAGGCCAUGUAACUCAACUCAACUCUGCAGUCCGUUUUCACACGUCAGCAAUGUGGAGCGCCAACCGUUGAAGAUAAGCAAACCAAACCCACAAAUCUAAAUGACACGUGUCAUCAUUUAAUAUUUUUCUUCCUAAAUUUCUCCCAGAUUUUUUAAGGAUUUUUUUAAGGAGCUCUAAAUCUUGCUGCUGCUGCUGUUGCUGUUGCUGUCACCUGUUGCCUGUUGGCAGAUUUUAACAAACAUAACCGUUUAACAUCCCUCCUUUAUAGAUUACAUAGAAAAGGUAAGAGAGGGAAAAGAAAAGUAAAAUAUGUCAACAGCUUCGUCAUUGUGUUCAUCAACUCAGGUUAAUGGCCUUGGAGGGGGACUUAGGCUUCUAAGAACCCAUCUUUCUCAACCCAAGACACUUACUUUUACAAGGAGGAGAAUUGCUACACUAGUGAAGGCAACAGCUCGACUUGAUAAAUUCUCAAAAACCGAUAUCAUUGUUUCUCCAUCUAUUCUCUCUGCUAAUUUCGCGAAGUUGGGGGAGCAGGUGAAAGCAGUGGAAUUGGCAGGCUGUGAUUGGAUCCAUGUGGAUGUAAUGGAUGGUCGAUUUGUUCCUAACAUUACAAUUGGACCUCUUGUGGUUGAUGCCUUACGACCUGUGACUGAUCUUCCACUGGAUGUGCAUUUGAUGAUUGUGGAACCAGAUCAGCGAGUUCCGGAUUUUAUUAAGGCUGGAGCAGACAUAGUCAGUGUUCACUGUGAGCAGUCGUCAACCAUCCAUUUGCAUCGUACACUUAAUCAAAUAAAAAGUCUAGGUGCUAAAGCUGGAGUUGUCCUAAACCCUGCUACGCCCCUUACUACAAUAGAAUAUGUACUUGAUGUGGUUGAUCUAGUCUUGAUUAUGUCGGUCAACCCUGGCUUCGGUGGGCAGAGCUUUAUUGAGAGUCAAGUGAAGAAAAUCUCUGACUUGAGAAGACUGUGUGUAGAGAAGGGAGUAAACCCAUGGAUUGAAGUGGAUGGUGGAGUUGGUCCUAAAAAUGCAUAUAAGGUUAUUGAGGCUGGAGCGAACGCUCUAGUGGCUGGUUCAGCUGUGUUUGGAGCCAAAGAUUAUGCUGAAGCUAUUAGAGGAAUCAAAACCAGCAAAAGGCCAGAAGCAGUGGCUGUGUGAUUUAUGACUGCCUAAGAUCUGAUCGGUUCCAAUUUGUGAUAACCAUAUUUACAUUCCUAUGUGUGUUACCCUCUAACUUUGUUAGAAUUUUGCUCAAUUUUAUCUUGUGUAUAAAUUCUGAAGCUAUUAAAAAAAAAGAUA